AUGUCAGGUAUGGACAUGGGUGGUAUGUCCAGCGGGAAUGGCAUACCUACCCUAUUUGACUUCCAACAGUACUACUGGGCGGUCGUUGGCGCUGCUAUUGCUAUUGCCGCAGUGGUGAACGUGCUGGAUCGCUUCCUCGCAUAUCAACGACUCUGCGAUAAGUCAUCCACCCCAUCCAAACCAAAAUCGAUUUUCUUCAGUACGUAUGCAACUAUUACGGCUACGGCCAGAGAAGUGGCAAAUACGACACUCCGACCUAUCGCUCUUGGAAACUGCACUCUUCGUCUAGCGCCCUUGGGCCCUGUGUCCCUGGUGUUGGCUAAUUUGGUCACCAUCAUAGUAAUGAUGUUCUAUGGCUUUGACACCUUGGACAACUAUAGUUGGGAGAAUAUCGGAUACCGUGCCGGUUACAUGACUAUAUGCCAGUUGCCUCUGGUGAUUUUAUUGGCGGGGAAACAGAAUAUUAUCGGUUUGUUGACAGGAACCAGUUAUGAACGUCUCAGCUGGUAUCACCAGUGGAUUUCUCGAACAUUGUGGCUAUCAGCGACUAUCCACAUGGGAUUUUGGUUCAGGGAUUACGCCCAAUAUGACUAUAUUGUCACCAUGCUCCAGACAGAUUCCCUUACCCGACAUGGAUUUGCGGCGUGGUGUGUCCUCACUUUUAUUUUACUCGCCUCAUUUGCCCCCUUGCGCAAGUGGAAUUAUGAAUUUUUUGUUAUUCAGCAUAUCGUAACUACGGCUGGUUUUCUUGCUGCUGUUUAUCUUCAUGCACCUAGUGAGGUCAAAAUCUGGGUGUGGAUUCCCAUUGGCCUUGUGUGUUUCGAUCGAUUUGCCCGGAUAUUAGUGUUGGCUUUCGCCAACUUGUCGAUAAUCCAUCUUUUCUCCGAGAAAAAGAAAGGGCCACUGUUCGCCAACAAAGCUACUUUCACCCCUCUUCCGGGGAACGUCAGUUACAUCUCGAUACCCAACCCUGUCAUCGAUUGGAAACCGGGUCAACACGUGUUUUUGGCAUGUCAUUUAAUAGCUCCCCUGCAGAGCCAUCCGUUUACUAUUAUGUCACUUCCGUGUGACGGUAGACUCGAUUUCUUUGUCCGUGCGGAAAGGGGAGGUAGUCGACGAUUUUUUCAGUAUGCAUCCAAGCAAAACUCAUCUUUGGGUGAGACACAGCCGUCGCUUAAGAAUGAAACAACGGUAUUUAUCGAAGGGCCUUACGGUAACAUCCGACCACUUCACCAGUUCGACAGCGUCGUUUUUUUCGCCGGUGGGAUGGGAUGUACCUAUACCAUGCCACUAAUGCGAGACAUUGUACAUAGAUGGAAACGGGAAUGUGAGGAUUCGUCCAGCACGGUUUCGAGAGUCCCGAAAAUGCCGUCCCUGCGACUUGCCGUUACGAAACGAGUCCGAUUUGUCUGGGUCAUAAAAUCCCGCAGCCAGCUUAGCUGGCUCGAGACUCAAUUCAAAGCGGUAUUGGAAGAUGUACGGUUGUGUGGACAAUUGAGCCCGACAUUUAACAAGGAAAUACAAAUCAGCAUUUACCUUACUUGUGACGAGACACUAGAAAAAGACGCUGCUACACGGACUAUUCUCGGUAUUCAUGAUAGGACAUCUCAUACACGGAUUGUGCCAGAGAAGAAAGAAAUGCACGAAAAGGUACAUGAAUCAGAGACACUUUUUGAACGAUCAUUUUAUUCUUCUUCAGAAUCAACAGACGUGAUUCAGGAGGCAAACUGCGGCCCCAGCUACACGUGCUGCUGCACCGCAACAAUCAAGGACGAAACUGAAAUUUCAUCGUCAACAGCAAAAUGCAACUGCUCCGGCCCUGCCGCAGCUGUAGAUAACACAUCUCAGUCUCCAUCAUUGUUAUCUCUACACAACUCAAACAAAUUCAAUACAAAAACCGGGAGACCACACCCACGCACGAUUAUUCGAUCGGCCCUCGAGCGUGCCGAAGGUGAAAGUGCCGUUGUUGUGUGUGGACCACAGGGUCUGGCAACAGAUGUGCGACAGAGUGUUGUAUCAUUGAGUGACGAACGGGCUAUACAUAAAGGAACCGGUGCGCAGGGUGUUUAUCUUCACAUAGAGAAUUUUGGGUGGUGA